CGCCGCCUCCGGGGCCAGCAGCCUGGUCGCCGCCACUGUCACCGCCGCCGCCCCCCGCGCCCGCUCCGUCCGGCCCGCGCUGCCGUCGACCCAACCGGGGGCCCGGAGGCGCCCCCCGGGGCUCGAACCCUCAGCCGGCUGCAGCCCGACCGGCCGGGGAUGCUGAGCAGGAGGGCGCUGCGGCCGGCCGAGCUGCGGGGGGCGCGGGGCGCGGGGUGUGAUGCGCGCGUCCUGGCCGGGAAGCCGGCUGCGCGGCGGUGAGCGAGCACAGGCAGCCGCCGGGGCCCCUGCCCAGGGGAGCCGGCCGCCGCGGGGCCCCGCAGCCCGCCCGCGCCGCCCCGCGCGCCCCCCGCGCCCCCCGCGCGCCCCCUGCGCUCCAUGGAAUUCGUGGGGUGCGGGGCGGCUGGAGUAACGCACAGACAUGAUCCAUGGACGCGGUUUGGUGCACAUUGUAGCAAGUUUAAUCAUCCUCCAUUUGUCUGGGGCAACCAAGAAAGGAGCAGAAAAGCAAAUCACCUCAGAAACACAGAAAUCAGUGCAGUGUGGAACUUGGACAAAACAUGCAGAGGGAGGUAUCUUCACAUCUCCAAACUACCCCAGCAAGUACCCCCCAGACCGAGAAUGCAUUUACAUCAUAGAAGCUGCUCCAAGACAGUGCAUUGAACUUUACUUUGAUGAAAAGUACUCUAUUGAACCUUCUUGGGAGUGUAAGUUUGAUCACAUUGAAGUUCGAGAUGGACCUUUUGGAUUUUCUCCAAUAAUUGGGCGUUUCUGUGGACAGCAACAUCCACCUGUAAUCAAAUCCAGUGGAAGGUUUCUGUGGAUUAAAUUCUUUACGGAUGGAGAGCUGGAAUCCAUCGGAUUUUCAGCUCGAUACAAUUUCACUCCUGACCCUGAUUUUAAGGAUCUUGGAGUUUUGAAACCACUACCAGCCUGUGAGUUUGAGACGGGUGGCCCUGAAGGCAUUGUGGAGUCCGUGCAGAUCAUGAAGGAAGGCAAAGCUUCUGCCAGCGAGGCUGUGGACUGCAAGUGGUAUAUCCGGGCUCCACCACGAUCCAAGAUCUACCUGAGGUUCCUGGACUACGAGAUGCAGAACUCCAACGAGUGCAAGCGGAACUUCGUGGCCGUGUAUGACGGCAGCAGCUCGGUGGCCGACCUCAAGGCCAAGUUCUGCAGCACGGUGGCCAACGACGUGAUGCUGCGCACCGGGCUGGGCGUCAUCCGCAUGUGGGCCGACGAGGGCAGCCGCAGCAGCCGCUUCCAGAUGCUCUUCACCUCCUUCCAAGAGCCUCCAUGUGAAGGCAAUACAUUCUUCUGCCACAGUAACAUGUGUAUCAACAACACACUCGUGUGUAAUGGGCUGCAGAACUGUGUCUACCCUUGGGACGAGAGUCACUGUAAAGAGAAGCGGAAAACCAGCCUGCUGGAUCAGUUGACCAACACCAGUGGGACGGUCAUUGGCGUGACUUCCUGCAUCGUCAUCAUCCUGAUCAUCAUCUCUGUCAUCGUGCAGAUCAAACAGCCCCGUAAGAAGUACGUGCAGAGGAAGGCAGACUUUGAUCAGACGGUGUUCCAGGAGGUGUUCGAGCCUCCACAUUAUGAAUUAUGUACUCUCCGAGGUACGGGAGGAGCCUCAGCCGAGUUUGCCGACGUGGCAGACGACUUAGACGGCUACCAUAAACUACGGAGGUCAUCUUCCAAAUGCAUUCACGACCAUCACUGUGGAUCCCAGCUGUCCAGCACGAAAGGCAGCCGCAGUAACCUCAGCACAAGAGAUGCUUCUGUCUUGACGGAGAUGACCCCCCAGCCAGGGAAACCUCUCAUCCCUCCCAUGAAUAGAAGGAACAUCCUCGUCAUGAAACACAACUACUCCCAAGACGCUGCAGAGGUGUGUGACAUCGACGAGAUCGAGGAGGUUCCCACGACCAGUCACCGGCUGUCCCGUCACGACAAAGCCGUCCAGCGAGAAGAACUGUUGAUUCACACAUGGGGACUGUGAAAAAGAAAAUUCUAUAGUGAAUUGUGAAAAGUGGACGUAUUUCUAAAUUCAUUCCACUGCCUUUACCCAAAACUUAAGAAUUUACAGACGUGUGUUGUUUCUUCUGCAAGAACAUCCCCGAUGCGAUACACAAGCCACAUGUUCAUUUCGUGAUUUGGUUGCUGGCCACCAAGUGCUCCUUAGUUUCUAAACACAUUUUGAGAUUCACUGGAAACUUGAAGAAGAAAUUAGUUCCUGAUUUAAGACGACCCCAGCUUUAUUUUUGACUGUCAGUUUCACUCUGUUUCCAUGUUGUUGUAUGUCUUGUUACGCGACUGUGCACUGUGUGAGAUGUGGGGAAAGAGAAAAACAAAAACAAAAACAAAAACAUGGCUUUGGAUGAACUCUGUGUUACCUGUACGUUGUUUUCAUUAUGUAGACUGCUUGGGAAUAAUUGCGUACCUGAGUGACUUUGAACAUGCCACAGUGAAACUAAGGACCGUGGAAAACACCAACUAGAGGUUUUACAGACUCGAAAACGUCUCCUUGUAAUGUCGUUCUUUGCGGCCAGAAACUAUGAGUAAAGUGACGAGAUUGC